UCUCAGGGUUCUAAUCUGCUGCUCUAACUGGAAACAAAUUACAAAAAGAUAUCUUUUAUCUAAUUAAGGUUAUAUAAACAAAAUUGUUUUAAAAAAUUGAAGUCUGUAGCUUUGCAGGCCUACUAGCCGAUAGUGGUAGUUCAAUUAUUAAUAUUUCUUCUUCUUCUAAUAUUAUAUAAUUUAUUAAGGUCUACAAAAGAAGAAGAAGAACAACAGUUAAGAAUUAUUAACCUCAAAGUUUUCAAACCUUUUAAUGAAAGGUUGCUGUCAUUCAAAUAAUUUGAAAAUUAAUAUAUAUUAUGACUGAAAACACGAAAAUUUGCCGCAUAUGCCUUGGUUUGGCCUCCAAUAACAUCCACAUAGAACUCGAUGAAACCAGAUUGAAAAUGCUGAAGUUGAUCUCACCAUCUUCGGAUCUACAAGUAAACAAUAAAUCAGCAUUAUGUGAUAAUUGUUCUGGAAGUCUUCAGACGUCUUUCGAUUUUAAAACCACUUGUCUGAACAACGAGAUGUAUUUGAAAACCUUUCGGUACGACAGCGGAGUCAAGCUGAUAUUGCAAGAGAUAAUACACAAGAUAAGUGAGCAAGGAAUCAAGGUAGAAGGAGAAUCUGCGUGUAGGUUGUGUUUCGGAUAUUUUGAGGGUAGUUUUUUCACGGAUCUGGGUCGAAUCGACGACGAUUUCUUCUUAGGCGACAUGAUCGAGAAAUGUUUGCCGGAAAUUAAUUUGGAUAACACGCAGAGUCCUUUAAUGUGCCAAAACUGUAUGCAUGCCUUGCAAAAUCAGUUCAAUCUCGUAUCAACGCUCCUCGAUACGAACGACAAAAUAAACGAUUACGUAUCGUAUGCGACCAUAACCAACAACAAUACCGGUGUCGACUUGCGGGAUGUCUUGGAAUUUACUCGGAAUGUGAAAAAUGAGGCUGAAAUCGAUCUUUCUCAGGUUAAAGUGAAAGAAGAAAAUGAGGAGGCCGUUUGGGACGGUAUCGAACAUAGUGAAAUUCAGAUUAAAGUGGAAGAGGACUUGUUUUUGAAGGACGAAAGUUCUACAGUAUAUCCAGCUGUACUCCUCAACCAACAUCCCGUGAAAGAGGAAACCGAGGAAGAUUUCGAUGCAACUAAACAGACCGUCACAAAAAAUUCAAACGGCACAUACGCGUGUCCCCACUGCCCGCACGAGACGAACCGCAGAGACAGCCUCGCCCUCCACCUGCUGACCCACCAAAACGCCGCGCCCGAGUUCAAGUGCAACAAGUGCGAUUUCACCAGCAAAUGGCGAUCAAGCCUCAACCAGCACCUGUGGCUGCACGAGGAGGACGUACAGACGUACCAAUGUCAGUUCUGCCACUAUAAGACGCGGUACAAGAAGCACCUGAAACGUCACGGAAAGCGCCACAAUCCUGAAUCCUCGCCGUGCCACCGGUGCCAGUACUGCGAUUUCACGACCACGAAUAAAAGUUACUUCAAGGUGCACAACAGGACCAAGCACGACGUCGUGGUUAAGUUCGAGGCGAAGACGUCCUUCGAUUGCCGUCUGUGCGAGUACACGACGUGCCAGAAGCACCUCCUCAGGGAGCACUGCAAGAACGCGCACCACGAGAAGAAGCCCAAGAACGUGGUCUGUGAAGAGUGCGGUUUUAGAGCGACCACGUUGUGGCGGGUGAACGAACACAAGCUCAAGCACAGAAAGGAGGAGGACGUGACGAUGCUGCACUGCGCGAAGUGUGCCUUCAAGACGAAGUACCGGAACAGCUUGAAGAUGCACCUGUCGCGGCACGCAGCGAACAAGAAACGGGGGAAGAAACAAGCAAAGUGACGGAGGUAAGACUGCAUUUAUAUAUUCGCGAAUAAUUGAUUAUUUGUUACUUUAUACAAUGGUUGAUUGUUAAAGAAUUGUUGUUUUGUUUUAAUAUAAA